GGCCCAUCCCUAUUUUGAGAUAAUGCAGUAUUUUUUAUUUACGUGUAAUAAUAAUGAUUCGAUGAAAGGAAGUCGACCAUGAUAAUGUUACUUCUCUGGUUGUUGUUAUCCCUUGUGUUGGUGUCAGUGCUCUCAUUUAUUUCCCUGAGGCAAUGGUUGCUAAGCCGGAAAAAAAAGAUGCACACAUCGUCGGAAAAUAGCAUUAACGUUGGCAUUUUCCAUCCUUACUGCAAUGCAGGUGGCGGUGGUGAACGAGUUUUAUGGUGCGCCGUGAAAGCGCUGCAGGAAAAAUACCAAAAUGCCAAGUUGGUAAUUUACACCGGCGACAUAGACGUAUCUCCCAAUUCCAUAUUGCAGAAGGCCAAGAAUGUCUUCAACAUCGCCGUUGAUAGCGACAAUGUCAAAUUUGUGUUCCUGAAGCAACGUCAUUGGAUCGAGGCAAAGAACUAUCCGCACUUUACUUUGCUUGGUCAAAGUAUUGGAUCGAUGGUUUUGGGUCUGGAGGCGCUCUGCAAGUUUCCACCAGACAUUUUUAUUGACACCAUGGGAUAUGCUUUUACGUUUCCUCUGUUUCGCUAUUUGGCGCAGUCCAAAGUGGGCUGCUAUGUCCACUAUCCGGUUAUCAGUACGGAUAUGCUGAAAAGAGUUCAGCAGCGGCAGAUGUCGCACAAUAACAAGAAGUACGUGGCAAGAAAUCCUUUCCUUACUUGGACUAAACUGGCAUAUUACCGACUGUUUUCAAAGAUGUACAAGUGGGUUGGUUGUUGCGCCGAGACUAUAAUGGUAAAUUCAUCAUGGACCGAGAAUCAUAUUCUUCAGCUGUGGGAUGUACCAUUUAAGACUCACCGCGUUUACCCUCCGUGCGAGGUGAGCCACCUUAAAAAUCUCCAGCACACGGGGAAGGGCGAGGACUUCGUUAUUUUAUCUGUCGGCCAGUUUCGUCCAGAGAAAGAUCAUCCCCUUCAACUGCAAGCUAUAUACGAACUGAGAACGCUUUUGGUCCAGGAUGAAGCUCUUUGGAAUAAAAUAAAGCUAGUCAUUGUGGGCUCCUGCCGAAAUGAAGAGGACUAUGACCGGCUGAAGAAUAUGCAGGACUUGACUAAGCAUCUGUCGCUAGAGAGCAAUGUUCAAUUUAAGGUGAACGUCGCCUACGACGAUUUGCUUAAGCUGUAUCAAACCGCCCAUAUUGGCAUUCAUACCAUGUGGAACGAACACUUCGGGAUCGGAAUCGUUGAGUCCAUGGCGGCUGGCCUUAUAAUGGUAGCCCACAGGUCCGGAGGACCUCUCCUUGACAUUGUCGAAACCUCCGAAGGAAGUCAGAAUGGAUUCCUCGCUACUGAUGCAGUGGAAUACGCAGAAAACAUACUAAAUAUCAUUGUUAAUAACGAAGAAAUGGCCGGAAUCCAAAGUGCAGCAAGAUCUUCCGUGGAAAGGUUUUCUGAGCAGGAGUUUGAAAAAAACUUUCUGAGAGCUGUUUCAACAUUGUUUACAAAGGUUUAAAUGAGAAUAAAAUAAUAUGCACCCCAAAAA